GUAAAUAUUUAUUGAGCGAUUUUCAUGUCCUAAUUUUGAUUUCGUGUUCAGUUAAAAUGGAUUUUUGUACAUUGUAUAGUUGAUAAAAGCCAAAUGGAUAUGAAAUGUCAGAAGUCUAUGACAUAUGAAAUAGAGAUAAAUAUAGAAAAUGAACUAGGAGUCUUUGAACCAAGAGACGAUGUAGCCGGUCACAUAUUAAUUAAAGCAGAAGAAGAUACAGAAAUUGAUAGCUGUAUUCUGUGGCUAUAUGGUCUAACUAAAACACGUUGGAAUGUUCAAAGUGAGAACCAUACUACUCAACCCGGUUCAUUAGCAAGUGGAAUUAACCUUCUGCGCUCAACGUCUAAUUUUAAGCGUCUAAACAAUUCUACUACAACCUACAUUACUGAAAAUAAAUUUUGUAAAUUACUGUCAAAUGCAUCAAGUGUUUUAAGGAAGACAACAACAUCUAAACUUCAGGAUAAUUCGUCAUUUCGAUUACCUUUGAGAACCUGUUGCACUGAUCAAGGCUAUUUAUCUGAUACACAUUACAAAUCCUCUUGUAAUUAUAAUCAUUCAUCGUGUUUUCUUGACCAUGAGAUUAAUGGUGAGACACGAAUUGGUGGAUCUUGGAUUUCAGGCUCAGGAUCGUUUAACUCUUCAUUGGAUGCAGAAAGCAGCAUUAGAAGUUUUCAUAGUCUUGGAAAGUUUGGUUAUCCCAGUGGUGCAAAUAAUUUUGCUGACUUUUCCUUCAGGUCAUCACAACAAUUUACAAUGAGAAAUCAGUUAUACGAUGCAGGAUGUCUCCCUUCAUUUUGUCUGGAACAAUGGAAAAAAUUAUUUGAGGUGGAUCCCGACAAGAAGAAGUGUUUAUAUAAUGGCGACUUACAGUUAAUUUACAAAUCGAAACUCGACUUACUUAAACAGCAUCAACAAUAUUUAUCUGGUAAGAGUAAAGAUAAAGGGGAUAAUUCCACAAGGGAUGGGACCACUGAAAUACUAAAGGUUAUUCAUCAUGAUAAUGGUAAUGAAGAUAAUUUAGACAAAAGUUAUAACGACAAGGAAUCUUCUAGUGAACCAAUAAAUUCAGAAGAGAAAAUGAACAGGGGAUCAUCGCAACGAUAUCAACACAAUACUGGUACAAAGUAUUAUGAACUAAUGAACAUGACAAACGAAAAAUCACAGACAUCCGCAGAGAAGAAUAUUAAACUGAAGCCGAAAUUCAUACUGACGCGUGGUAUACAUGUAUUUGAUUUUGAAUUCCAACUACCCGCAGACCUGCCCGGUUCAUUUGAAUUACCAAGCAACUGUCUAGCAGGAGGUGCUUCAGCUAGCAUUACAUAUGCUGUACGCAUUGAAAUAUACAGUAAUCGUUCAAAGAUGAAACAUGUACAACAAAGAGAGAUUAUUGUAUUUAGACCACUGGAAUUAAUACAUUUUCCAAGAUUAAGAGAUCGAAUCACAUUACAUCGAGAGUUUGUAUCACUUGGUUGUUGUUCAAAUCCUAGUGGAAUAAUUCAGUGCGAUUUAGCAGUGAACAAAACUGGAUUUGUUCCUGGUGAAACUAUCAUUCCUCAAGUACACAUUACAAACCGAUCGAGUCGUGCUAUACAAACUGUACACUUAACAUUUGCUCAGACAGUCUUUUUGAAAGGUGUUAAUAAUCAAAGUCAUUUUGAAGUCCUACGUAUAUUUGCGACAAAGUUAAACGCUCAGCCUGCAGCAUUAGGAUUCGAUUUAUUCGAUCAGUUAGAUGUGAACAGUCUUGGUGGAUUAUUUUCACCAUCUAAUUCUUUCUCAUCAAGAAGUUCAGCGAAUCGUGUCGACCGUAUUCAACAACAACAUCCGCAUCAACAACAAGAGCAUCAGCUGUGUAACGUGAAUGCAAAACAACAACACAGUAAAGAUGCAGAAUCGCAUUCUAAUCAACGUCAAAAAAGUCGCAAACGUCAUCAACACCAUUCAUCGUCGACAAAUGUAGUUGCUGUUCCUAGUCAAGGUGGUAAGGCUUUCUUUACAGAUCUAAUACAUGUACCACCGCUCCCAACAAGUGGUUUGUUUGGAAGACAAAGCUUAAUCUACCUGGAAUAUUCAUUGAUUUUACGACUUCGUAUGCAAGGAGACAAGGAAGGUAAACAUGAUCACUGUAUGCAGAUCCCCAUCACAAUAGGAUCCGAUCCCACCAGAGAAACAUCAUUCACCGGGAAUAAUGAAGUUGUACCUUGUUAUGCAUCAUUCAAUUUCGCUUCUGGUGAUAUUGUUGAAUACGAUCCAUCAGAUCAGACUACAGCGACGAGUUUAACACCAGUCUAUCGAUACUUUAAACCUAAACCAAUAGAAAAACCUGUAAAUAGGUCAAACAUAACAUUUUCUUCUGAAUCACCAGUGAAUAGCAAUAGUAUAAAAUCAGUACAGAUCACAUCAAAGUCUAGUCCUUCAAUACUCAAAACACCCGGCACUUCAGGUGUGCCUACUGGUACUGGUACUGGAGCUAAUACAACGAGGAAUAAUCGACAAAACUCCUUUAAAUCGAACAAGUCAUUAUGCGAUAAUGAGAACUUGCAACAAGUUCCACGAAAUUUUCAUCGUCAACAGGACAAACGGUUGAAGAAUAUAGCCGGUUCACCAGAUAUGAAUAAAGCCUCGUUUACGACACUAUAUAAUUCUGAUGGAGCUAAAUCAGACAGUUGUUCAUAUAAACAGACACAAAAUAAAAUACGCAAGCAUACCUCAUCGUACAAACUAAAACAUCAAAAUAAUUUUCAAGAUGUAACACCUCAAAAAACACACAUUUCACGUUCAGCCGGAGUAAUUUCAACUCCUACUGACUUAGACAAAGAAUCCCCACAGGUAUUUUUAUCUAGUCAACAGUUUUUCGAUGAUGGUGGUGUAAUUAUACAAACUGAUCCAAAUGAGUCUAGUGAUGCCACUGAUCGAUUAUUUAAGUCUUGUAGACUGAAUAAAAAUGAGACAAUAAUUUCACCGGUUGAGAAAAGUAGAAACCUGUCUCAUCAAUCAGGUAAACAUCAUCAGUUGAAAACAUCACAUGAAAAUGAUGCAGAAGACUAUUUAUCGUCUAAUGUAAUUCAGAAAAAACAUCCCCACACAUCACCGUUUUGUCUACAUUAUUUAGAAGAAUCAGGUUUAGGAUAUAAAUGUAAAUCACAGACAAACAUUCCAUUACGCCAACAUUCAGUUGGAUUAUUGCCAGAUCAACAGUUGCAGUUUGAUAAUACUGAAAGUUGUAAAGGUAACAGGCACCCGUCUAAUGAGCAUUUUCAGCAAUACAGUUCAAGUGUAAUCAAGCCAAAUCCAGUUCAUUAUGAUGAUAAUAAUGAUGAGGUGGAGAACAAUGAAGGCGAUGAAGAUGAGGAAGAUAACAUUCCUUAUGAAAGUAAUACUGAUGAUAUAACUAGUGAUGAAAUUAAUAGGUUCACUUUUAAGGCAAGUCACUUCUAUCUGUCAUCGAAUGACAAUUUAAAACAGUGUACAGAAAGGCCAUUCAACUCAGACAAUCUUUCAACAAGAACACAUGAAAGUUCUUCUGUUUCCAGUGAAAAUGAAGACGAAGACGAGGAUGAGGAAGAAGAAUAUGAUGAUGACGAGGAGGGGGAAGAGGACGAGGAGGAGGGGGAGGAGGAAGAGGACUACACUGACAACAAUGUCGCAAAUAAUCAGUGCAUUUAUGAAGAAGACGCUAGUGAAAACAAGGAUGGCAGUCAGCCUGAUGACAAUGAAGAAGAAUCAGAGAAACAAUUCGGAAACCAGCGACAAAAUGAAAAGCAAGAACCAUUGAAACAAUCAUUAAAGAUUUCCCACGAAGAAUUGCAUUCCCAGUCGUCUUCCAGUCCUAAUCAUACAUCAGCAGAUAUAAGAGAGUUAUAUUUCAAAGUUCAGCAAAUAUCAGAGCAUAAAAAUAUUCCAGCUAAUUAUACAUUUAAACAGAAUAAAAGUAUAUAUGAUGCAUAUUGGAAUUGUCCAAGGGUUGAGCCUAUUGUGGGUCGUAAGUCUGAAACAGAUGGUUUCUGGACAUAUGGUCAUGGAAGUACAAGUGAAAAAGCAACAGAAAGCAACGAAACCAGUACAUAAAUGUCCUGCGUUGGAAAGCUAUUCCCUCUUGUUUUGUAAAUUUUAACUUUUUUUUUCUAAAAAUAAGAAAGAAUAUUUUAACCUCAACUAUGCUUCCAUUUCAUACAGAAAUAAUUAGUAGUGUAAAAAAAGAAGACUUCUUGAAUCUUUCAAAUAAUAAUCUUUUUAUACUUAAUUCGUAUAACAAACAACGUUUAUCUUGUAAUUUUUUUUGUUUUUAACGGCGUUUUAAGUAAAAUAACAGAAUAAUUGUGAACAGAUUUCACUAAUAACUAGUUACGGUGAUGAAUUGCAGCUUAAACAGAUUUCUUUUCUCGUUCAACACAAAAGCCUAAUGAGCAAGGAAAUAUUUUUUGUUGUCGUGAAUAUCAAUCAUUUGAAAGCGUUUUCACAGUGAAUUAUGCAACAUGAAAUUAUGACAAAACCCCUUCUAAUUAGUAAUUUUGCUAAUGAUAAAUGAAUAACAAUGAUUAUAGUAAUUCGGGCAGAUGGUAAAAGGCUGAAAAGAUGACCUGCACAAUGCAAUGUGUUUUAAUGCAAUGCUCAGUGUGCAAGCAUGUUUUUCUCCUUUUAAAUCUAAAAUAAAUAUGAGCAAUUAUUGUAUAUAAGUGAUUGUGCUAAUAACAUAUACCACGGUGUGAGUGCAC